GUCCACUGACCAAUCAGAGGCUGACAGGAGUGUGGAGCGGCUGUAGCAGCGUUAGCAGCAUGUUUGUGAAACUUUCUAUUUGUCUAUUAAUCGUCCUUAUUUUCCAGCAUGAUGCGGCCGAAGCGCAGAGGAAGAAAGAGGUACACCAUUUGACACCACGAAGACACGGACAGACUUUAUUUAAGGGACAUAAGUGUUUUUAGAGCAUGUUAAAGUGAGUCCGUGUUAGUAUCAGAGCUAAGCUAGCGGCUAACAGAAACAGCUGAGGAGUGUCAGUGAGGAAAAGUUACAAACAAAAGAAAAACUUUAUUGAUUAAAAAACACUCUGACCACCUUAAAUAAAGUAUUGCACUGAUGUCACGUAGUUAAAUUUGGCAUCUGUGGUCUUGGUGAUCAGUCUUUGUUCAUAUGUUCAAUGAUUCAGGUAAACUCACCUGGUCAACCCACACCUUAUUUUUUUAAUAAAACUUUAUUUAAACAUGUUAGAGUUUAAUUAAAUCUUCAAAACAUUCAUUCGGUUUGCAUGCUUUUAGAUUAAUUAUUCAGAUUUAUGAAUGAGCAACAUUAACUGACAGGUUCAUCAUUGUUUUACACCUGAAUUACAUACCUGAAGUCACACCUGGGAGGGGAAUUUAACACCUGGAUCAUGCACAAACUUAAACAUUUUAACGCUAAAUUAUAAAUUUUAUUAAACAAUUUAAGCCUAGUUUAUCAACAAGUUUCAUGUCUUAAACCUUCAUUGUUCCUUCUGUGUGUGUGUGUGUGUGUGUGUGUGUGUGUGUGUGUGUGUGUGUGUGUGUGUGUGUGUGUGUGUGUGUGUGGCACAGUCCCUGCUGUCAGAGAAAGUGUCUCAAUUGAUGGACUGGACGUCGAAGCGUUCAGUCAUCAGGAUGAAUGGAGAUAAGUUCAGACGCUUUGUUAAAGCUCCACCCAGAAACUACUCCGUGGUCAUCAUGUUCACGGCCCUGCAGCCACAGAGACAGUGUGGAGUGUGCAGGUAAUACCUGGCCCACUGGUACACCGCAUUGAAAUGACAAACAUUGUCAUGAUUUUGAUAAAUAUUUAUGUCUCAGACAAGCUGAUGAGGAGUUCCAGGUGCUGGCUAAUUCCUGGAGAUAUUCCUCUGCCUUCACCAACAAAGUCUUCUUUGCCUCCGUCGACUUUGACGAAGGAUCGGACGUCUUCCAGAUGGUAAGAUUAAUUUCCAAGUCUCUUAAUGCUGAGUAUUUUCUGUGUGACAUACAGAAAUACGGAAAUUACAUAAAACUGCAUAAAAUGUGACUAUAAAUCUAUAUGUAUCAGUAGAGGCCAAGAAGCCAACAGGCUCAUAAAGCGAGAUAAACAUUUAAUCACAACAUAAAAGAGCAACAGGAAAUGCACAAAUAUCUAAGCCAUCAAUCACAGAAACAUAUAUUUGUUAAUAUAGAAAAAAAAUACUCUGUAAAAGUAAAAUACAUAUAUAUAAACAAAAAAACUGACUUUAGCAGUUAAAUCUGAUUAAAGUUUCUGUCAAAAACUUCUGAGGAUGACAAGCUAUGACAUCUGUUUUUGUGUUCCUACAUUUUUAUCUCAUGAUAUCGGAGUAGGAAGUAUGGCUGCUUGGUUACAGAAAGAGAAAGAUGAAGAUAGUCAACCUAUCAGCCAGUUUUCUCAUAAAUCAGUCAGCAGUGUUAGUGAGAAAACACUAAGCAAUGAAAGAUCCUAAUAUGGUUAGAAACUAACCUGUGUUCAGUGCAGGCAGUCCAGCAGAUAAUCUGUCAGUAAAAUAAAGUCAGUCAGUGAGCUAAGAGGGUUAACAGAUCUGCCCCAUAUUCUAAACAGGAUAAUCAGAUUGAAUUUUCAGUUUAUUGAUUGCUGACUUUUUAUUUCUCUUUGUUCAUUCAUUCAUAAUUACAACUCAAUUGGAGUGUAUUGACUGUUUCUGAAUCUCACCGUGUGAAAACAAAAGCUCUAAAUUCUUGUGUGUGUGUGUGUGUGUGUGUGUGUGUGUGUUUCAGCUGAACAUGAACUCUGCUCCCACCUUCCUCCACUUCCCUCCUAAAGGGAAACCUCGGCGUUCUGACACCUAUGAGCUGCAGGUUCGGGGCUUUGCUGCCGAGCAGCUGGCUCGCUGGGUGGCUGACAGGACAGAUGUACAGGUAACACUCACUUGAGUCUUAGCACAGUCUCACAUAGUGAAGAUGAUGGGGAUGGUGACAAUGAUGGAUGGCUCUUCUGUCCCUCAGAUCAGGGUGAUCCGCCCUCCCAACUACGCUGGUCCUCUGCUGCUUGGCUUCCUGCUCGCUGUAAUCGGAGGACUGGCCUACCUGCGCAGACACAAUCUGGAGUUCUUGUUCAACAGAAACAUGUGGGCCUUCUCUGCACUGGUAACACACCCAAAUGCAAACUUUUUACCCCUCCAUCUGCCUAUGAAGUGUGUGUGUAUGUUUCCCCUUUUUCAGUGGAUGUGACUCUGAUUCACUCUCUGUGAUCUGUUUGAUAAAGGACAGAGUGAUAUAGGACUCACCAGUUUUAACACCAGUUACCACAAUGGUUAAUAUGUUGGACAUGUUGAUGUGUGUCUGUUUCAGGGUUUUGUCCUGAUUAUGACUUCAGGUCAGAUGUGGAAUCAUAUUAGAGGACCUCCAUACGCUCACAAGAACCCGAGCACUGGACAAGUGGUAACUCACUGACACACACACCCACUGUUUACGAUAAAACUCACAGUCUUUGUAUCUUACAUGUAUUUAUUUAUGGCCUAAGUGCUAAUUUUGUCUAUGUUUCAGAGUUAUAUCCAUGGCAGCAGUCAGGCUCAGUUUGUGGCUGAGACUCACAUUGUCCUCCUCUUCAGUAUCCUUCAUUGCAUUACUGCUGUAAUACACACAGACACACACAAUGACUGUAGCCCUUCACACACUGGAACUGUGCAUCAGCUCUGCAACGCCUUCAGUAUUUAUCUUGGAAAGGUGUGAUAUUGGUGUCCAAUGUAUAUAUUUAUAUCAAAACUAAAAACAGACAUCGUCACUGUUCUCAUCCUCGAAAUGAUUCUCCUUCAACCUUCGGGGUUUUUAUUUCCCUUUUUAGGUGUUGCUCUUUGACACACAUGAUACAUACUCACACACGUUACAUAUGUUAGUAAUCAUCUGAUUCUCUGCUGGGACACACACAGCCCUCAAAGGGAGCCAACAACUCUCUGCUGGGGUCCUCCUCCUCUUCCUCCUCCUCUUCCUCUUCUCCCUUCUUCUGUCUGUCGUUAGAGUUCAGAGUGACCGGGAAUCCUCAUUGUUAUCAUUACCUGUGUUAUUAUACACCUUUACCUGAGUGUCAGAUGCUGCUGUUACCAUGGGAAUGGUGCUGCUGUGUGAAGCUGCGACCUCUGACCUUGACAUUGGAAAGAGAAAAAGUAAGAGCACACACUUACAUCUUUAAACACACAAACACACAAACACUCCUGAAUCUCUCCUGUCUGAACACCUUCAGAUUUUGCCCCUUCUUGACUGUGUAUAACUGUGUGUUUGUGUCACGUGUGUGUAUAUAUUGUGUAUUGUGUGUGUUUGUGUUUAUUGUGUGUGUGUGUGCCAGUCAUGUGUGUGGCAGGUGUUGGUCUAGUGAUGCUCUUCUUCAGCUGGCUGCUGUCCAUCUUCAGAGCAAAGUAUCAUGGGUACCCAUACAGGUGUGUGUUUUUAAUGUGAAACCUGUGCUGAUUGGCUGAGAUUGUUCCUAGUUUCCCAUUGGCUGACACUCUGUCUCUCUCUCUCUCUCUCUCUCUCUCUCUCUCUCUCUCUCUCUCUCUCUCUCUCUCUCUCUCUCUCUCUCUCUCUCUCUCUCUCUCUCUCUCUCUCUCUCUCUCUCUCUCUCUCUCUCUCUCUCGCUCUCUCUCUCUCUCUGUCUGUCUCUCUCUAUCUCAGCUUCCUGUUGAGUUAAAGUGAUGGCGUCCCUGCAGUUUUACCCUCAGGUUCCCUCAUCUACAGGCAUGUUUCCAUGACAACAUGUCUGUCUGAUCAGCCAUGACUUGCCCUCUGAUGAGCAUGUCAACUCUCUCUCACACACACACACACACACACACACACACACACACACACACACACACACACACCACACACUGUGCCUGAGUAUGGACUGUUUAUCAGUGUGUAUGGCUCUGACUGUUAGUGCCAAACUCUCAUGUCGGUGUGGAUGUCAGUGUGGAUUUUUACAGACUCCUCUUCAGCUCUGAUUGGACUUAACAUCCCUCAGGUCAAUCAAACAUAGCCCCACCCCCAUUCAGCUAUUAUUCCCAUUAAGCCCGCCCCCUACAUGGGACAGAGUUGUUGAUAAAAUCUUCUGUUCAGUACAUUCAGAGAUGAGGAACCACUAAAAAAAAUCAGAGGCUUCCUUUUCUUUCUGUCUCAGGGUUUAAAACAAAAAUAUCAAUCAUUGAUUGUUUUAUUAAAAAACACAUAGACUAAAUGAAUAAAAAGACUGUAGAUGAAUACAUAUAUUCUAUAUUGCAAAAUAAAGACGCAAUUUAUGUGAUGAUAACUGAUCAAUGACUGUUUGGGAAUGAUAGACAAUUUCCCCUCUCACUUAAAAACCGUAACCAUAAAACCCCCCAGGUACCAGGUUAAAAACGUAAGAGACAUUUUUUAAAAAUCUGUCUCCGUAAAUUCAUCAUCUUUGCACACAAAUAACAACCUUUUUUUUUCUAUGGAUUACAACUCAAUACACACGGGUAAUAAAUCAUGGAUCUGCAAGUAAUCCUUUUUUCCCUUGACCUGGCACUUGAAGGGAGUCUGUCCAAAACGGUUCAUGACAGAGAGUUACAUUCAAAAACAUGGAACAAAAAUUUAAACAAGAGCAUUUCGCUUUUGAACUGUGAUUGAUUUUUCUUACCAUGGUGUAUGAAUCAAUAAAUCUUUGUUUUGUUGUGCAAGAUUACAGUCCAGCUCAAGCCAUUUAAGUUCAAUGUUUCUGAGCUUGACCUGUUUUAAUAUUAAAUGAUCAUGUACCUGGAUUGGUCCCGUAUAAUGAUCUCAGAUCAAUCUGGAUCAGAGUGAGAACAGGUGUCAGGGAGAAAAAUAACUUACUGUGGUGUGAGACUGAGUGCUUUAAAUGUUUGUGUUUUAAAUCAGUGUGUACCUGAAGAUAAAUUUGAUUAUUUCUGAUAUUAAAGUGCCUUAACCUCCUUUACCCCAAAGCUCUGUUUUAUUUUUGUUUCUGAGAAAAUAAAAUAAAAUAAGGAGCAAGUAAGGCUGGAUAGAUUUACAUUCAUAGCAACAUUUUCAACUUUACAAUUCAAAGUGCUUCACACAAGACAUUAAAAGAAAAUAGGGGUCAGAAAAACAUGACAUGAAAAUGUUUGAAAGAACAAUUAAAGUCACCAGAAUAAGGCAGUAAAAAUCAAAGUCAACUGAGAAAAGGAAGAGCCCAAAUACAUUUUAAAAAUUAAAGCACAUGGUAGAAUGAUAAGAAUACGAAUGAUAAAUAUUUCUACAUAUUUGAGUGCUCAGCUCAGUGUAACAUCUGUGUGACGUGCACCUGCUGAAGGCAAGGAGUUAUCACAGGACUGAGCUAGAUUUUUAAACCCUGGUGCACACAGUGUAGAGGUCAUUUAGACAUUUAAAGCACAGAUAAUUAGAGGAGAGUCUGGCGUCUAUUAAUGUUUCUCAAAUUUUAUGUUGUAAAUGAAGCUGCAGAGAUACAAAUUUCAGACUUAUUAAAGUCAUAUCUGAUCAGAUCAUCACCAUCGCAUAUUCUUAUUAUAUUCAUAAUAAUAAUGAUAGUAGUAAUCAUCAUCGUAAUAAUGAAUGUUAGUGAAUGAUUAAACUCACACACUCUGUAA